GCAGUUAGUGUAGCGAUCGUGGAGCGCGCUUGAAGGCGCGACGCCGUGUAGCCCGCGUAGAAUUAUUAUCGUAGGUAUCUUUUCCGUUUCACCUGGCGCGCGCGUCCGCGACGUGUGUGCUCUUUAUGAUUUAAAUGCGACGACCGCGUACGUGUUCGUGAUUAUUUGCAUGCGCUUUAGAACCCCGCUCCCGUUUCGUUUUCCCGUUCUCGUGUGGCGCGCGCUUAUAUUUCUCGCCGGUCCUCGCGCCGGGAAAAAGUGCCGAUUGCCGACGACGACGAUGAUAUGUCGCGACGCCGCGGUCGGUUCAGUGAGUAUGCAAUAGUGUUGAUUAUGUUGCUGAAGGCGAUCAUCGACGGGAGAUUAGUAUGACGACCAGCUGACGGAUGUAUCUCUGCUCUGCCUUCUCACGGCGUCGGCGGGGUUGACGAUUGAGCGGACAGUGGAAGGAUGCUGGGUAGCGUGGGAGGUCGACACGUGUCUACGCGUCGGCGAGGCAGCAUUCCGCUGGUGCGUGGAAGUGUGGGCCUCAUCGGUUAUGGCGCCACAUCCGGGAUCGGCGGAAACGCGGCCGAUGGCAGUGCGACGGAACCGGUGCCCAAGUAUGCUGCCAGAAGACGAAGGGCCGUCACCACCAGCGACCACAAGAGCUGCGCCCUUAUACAGACGCGGCUCAAGCUCGGCGAUAUUACAAUGUUGGCAGCAGCGCACGAGGCGGCACAAAGGGACCCUGGACACGCGCGUCAGUACUACGGGAGAAGGUCGAGGUUGGCCGGAUUGAGGAGUGGUCACGGUGACUGGACUAGCUUCGGAGGGGAGGUACCUGGUCUGGUGGAUAUGGCGCCAGGCCGGGAUCAUGGCGGAGGGGCGGGUGGCGGUGGGGGAGGCGGCAAGGGCACCACGUCGUUGUUUAUCCUGUCGGAGGAUAACUGCAUCCGGAAGCACACGCGCUUCAUCAUCGAGUGGCCGCCCUUCGAGUACGCCGUCUUGCUCACCAUCAUCGCCAAUUGCGUGGUCCUCGCCCUCGAGGAGCAUCUGCCGAAGUCUGACAAGACCACACUCGCACUGAAACUCGAGAACACGGAAGUCUACUUCCUCGGGAUCUUCUGCGUCGAGGCGAGCCUCAAGAUCCUCGCUCUCGGCUUCGUCCUCCACCGCGGCUCCUACCUGCGCAACAUCUGGAACAUCAUGGACUUCUUCGUCGUGGUGACCGGGAUCGUCACGGCGUUCUCGCAAGGCAUACACCUGGAUAUGGAUCUGCGCACGUUGCGCGCGAUACGCGUGUUGCGACCGCUCAAACUUGUCUCCGGCAUACCGAGUCUUCAGGUGGUGCUCAAGUCUAUCAUCAAGGCGAUGGCCCCGCUGCUGCAGAUCGGCUUGCUGGUACUCUUCGCCAUCGUGAUAUUCGCCAUCAUCGGCCUCGAGUUUUAUUCGGGAACCCUGCAUAAAACAUGCUACAGUGUAGAGGACCUUAAAAUCGUAAGAGAGGGCGAGCAAGCGAGCCCGUGCAAUUUGGACCCCAAGGCUGAGGAAUUCGGGGCCCAUGCGUGCGAAAAGAACAUCUCGAUAUGCAGGGAGAAAUGGGAGGGACCAAACUCGGGCAUCACCAGCUUCGAUAACAUCGGAUUUGCCAUGCUCACUGUCUUCCAGUGUAUCACUAUGGAGGGCUGGACUGCCAUAUUGUACUGGACAAACGACGCUCUUGGCAAUCGAUGGAACUGGAUUUACUUUAUACCGUUGAUCGUCCUUGGAUCAUUCUUCAUGCUGAACUUAGUUCUUGGUGUCUUGAGCGGAGAGUUUGCGAAGGAGAGAGAGAAAGUGGAAAACCGACAGUCCUUCUUGAAGUUGCGAAGAGCGCAGCAGCUUGAGCGCGAACUGAAUUGUUACCUCAAUUGGAUCUGCAAAGCAGAGGAGGUGAUACUUGCCGAGGAGAGAACCACGGAAGAGGAGAAAUGCACAUAUUAGAAGGUUCAUAUAACGUAUAUAAGAAGAAGAGCGGCGGCGAAGAAAAAGAAAUUGAAAAAUCUUGGCAAGAGCAAAAGCACCGACACGGAGGAGGAGGAAGAUCAGGAUGAUCAGGACGAUGUGCCUAAGAAAAAGCUCAAAGGAUUCUCGAGAACCUCCUACUUCAAGUCGAAAGUGAAGAAGCAGGGCACGUGUCUGCAAUUCUGGCGGGCCGAAAAGAGAUUCAGGUUCUGGAUACGCAAUUCCGUCAAGUCGCAGCAGUUCUAUUGGUUCGUCAUCAUCCUUGUGUUCUUCAACACCGCCACUGUGGCCGUCGAACAUUACGAUCAGCCGAAGUGGCUCAGCGAUUUCCUCUAUUACGCAGAGUAUGUGUUCCUGGCUCUCUUCAUGCUGGAGAUGUUCAUCAAGAUGUACGCGCUCGGUCCCCGCACAUACUUCGAAUCGAGCUUCAAUCGCUUCGACUGCAUCGUCAUCUUAGGCUCGAUCUUCGAGGUGAUCUGGUCCUCGUUGAAGAAAGGCUCUUUCGGCCUCUCCGUCCUACGUGCCCUUAGACUCCUGAGAAUUUUUAAAGUCACCAAAUACUGGAAGAGCCUGAGAAAUCUCGUGAUAUCGCUGCUAAGCUCGAUGCGCAGCAUCAUCUCUCUCCUCUUCCUACUCUUCCUCUUCAUCCUCAUAUUCGCGCUGCUCGGUAUGCAGCUAUUCGGCGGUCAGUUCAAUUUCGAAAAUGGCACGCCGCCCACCAACUUCAACACCUUUCCCAUCGCACUACUCACUGUCUUCCAAAUCUUGACUGGAGAAGACUGGAACGAAGUGAUGUACCAGGGUAUCGAGUCGCAGGGCAUGGCCUACUCGCUCUACUUCAUCGUGCUGGUGCUCUUCGGCAACUACACUCUGCUGAACGUCUUCUUGGCUAUCGCCGUCGACAAUCUCGCGAACGCACAGGAGCUGAGCGCCGCCGAGGAGGAACAGCAAGAGGAAGAUAAGGAGAAACAGUUGCAGGAGCUCGAGAAGGAGAUCGAGUCGCUGCAAAAACCCGGGGACGGUGGAGCACCGAAGGUGGAAAUCUGCCCUCCAAGUCCAACCCAGAAUUUCAGAGACGGAAGAGGUGAUAACCAAGUGUCCGAAGAGAGGAGGCAGGAUGAAGACACGGGACCAAAACCAAUGCUGCCAUACUCCUCCAUGUUUAUACUGUCCCCUACGAAUCCCGUAAGAAGAGCCGCCCACUGGGUCGUGAACCUUCGGUACUUUGACUUCUUCAUAAUGGUGGUGAUAUCGCUGUCGAGUAUCGCGCUGGCCGCCGAGGAUCCAGUUGCGGAGAACGCGCCGAGGAACAAGAUCCUCAACUACUUCGAUUACGCGUUCACCGGCGUCUUCACCAUCGAGAUGGUGCUGAAGAUCAUCGACCUCGGCAUCAUACUGCAUCCGGGCUCGUAUCUGCGCGAGUUUUGGAACAUUAUGGACGCGGUCGUAGUGAUAUGCGCCAUGGUGUCGUUCGCUUUCGACAUGACCGGCAGCUCGGCCGGCCAGAACCUCUCGACUAUAAAGUCGCUGCGAGUGCUGCGAGUGCUCAGACCACUUAAGACGAUAAAGCGCGUGCCGAAGCUCAAGGCGGUGUUCGACUGCGUGGUGAACAGUCUCAAGAAUGUCAUUAACAUUCUUAUAGUGUACAUAUUGUUUCAAUUCAUAUUCGCUGUGAUCGCGGUGCAGCUGUUCAACGGCAAAUUCUUCUUCUGCACCGACGAGAGCAAGUAUACGAAAGAGGAUUGCCAUGGUCAAUUCUUCGUUUUCGAAGAGGGUAACCUGCUGCCGGAGCUCAGGAACCGGACCUGGCAACCCCAGUCCUUUCAUUACGACAACGUGAUGGUGGCCAUGCUGACGCUGUUCGCCGUCCAGACCGGCGAAGGCUGGCCGCAAAUUCUACAGAACUCGAUGGCGGCCACGCACUUGGACGAGGGCCCCAUCCAAAACUUUCGCAUUGAGAUGUCCAUUUUUUACAUCGUUUACUUCAUCGUGUUUCCGUUCUUCUUCGUCAACAUCUUCGUGGCCUUGAUUAUCAUCACGUUUCAGGAGCAGGGAGAGGCUGAAUUGCAGGACGGUGAAAUUGAUAAGAAUCAGAAAUCUUGUAUAGACUUUACAAUACAAGCUCGCCCGCUCGAGAGGUACAUGCCGAAGGAACGGAAUAGCGUAAAGUACAAAAUCUGGAGGAUAGUCGUAUCUACACCAUUUGAAUAUUUUAUCAUGAUGCUCAUCGUACUGAAUACAUUACUACUUAUGAUGAAGUAUCACGAAGCGCCGCCAUUUUUCUUGGACUUCUUGACCAUCGUGAACUUCGUCGUCACCUUCCUUUUCCUCGUUGAGUGCAUCCUUAAACUCAUCGCCUUCGGAUGCCAGAACUUCUUCAAGGACGCCUGGAACACCUUCGAUUUCAUCACGGUGAUCGGCAGCAUUGUGGACGCCCUCGUGAUCGAGUUCGGGGAGACGAUUAUGAGUGCGCUCCAUGGUGGCCAACAAGUCAAAGACAUGAAGGAGAACUUUAUCAAUGUCGGCUUUCUAAGGCUCUUUCGUGCCGCCAGGCUGAUCAAACUACUCAGGCAGGGUUAUACGAUACGAAUUUUACUCUGGACCUUCGUACAAUCCUUUAAAGCUCUGCCUUACGUUUGUCUCCUCAUAGCAAUGCUGUUCUUCAUUUACGCGAUCAUCGGUAUGCAGGUAUUCGGUAACAUCGCGCUGCAAGCUGAUUCUUCUAUUACCAAGCACAACAAUUUCCAAAGCUUCAUACAAGGUCUGAUGCUGCUUUUUCGGUGUGCUACGGGCGAAGCCUGGCCAAACAUCAUGCUGUCCUGCAUAAAGGACCGUCCUUGCGACCCAAAGGCCGAGAAGGAAGAGCCUGACAGCUGCGGCUCCAACAUCGCCUACGCUUACUUCGUGUCGUUCAUCUUCUUCUGCUCGUUUCUCAUGCUGAAUCUCUUUGUCGCCGUCAUCAUGGACAACUUUGAUUAUCUCACCCGGGACUCGUCGAUCCUGGGCGCCCAUCAUCUCGACGAAUUCGUGCGGAUCUGGGCCGAGUACGAUCCGAAUGCCACCGGCAAGAUCCAUUAUACGGAAAUGUACGACAUGCUAAAGAACAUGGAUCCACCGUUGGGGUUUGGCAACAAGUGCCCGAAUCGUCUCGCGUACAAAAAACUCAUCAGGAUGAAUAUGCCGGUGGACGGUGACGGCAAAGUCAACUUCACCACUACGCUGUUCGCUCUGAUACGCGAAAACCUCAGCAUAAAGAUGCGAUGCGCCGACGAAAUGAAUCAAGCUAAUGAAGAACUGCGGGACACGAUCAGAAGUAUCUGGCCUCUGCAAGCGAAAAAAAUGUUGGACCUUUUGAUACCUAGGAAUGAAGAAUUGAGCAGAGACAAACUCACCGUGGGUAAGAUAUACGUCUGUCUUCUGAUACUCGAAAGUUGGAGGUCGAAGUCAAAACCUGCCGAACAGAAUGAUAACGAUCUUAUCGAUAACGAUAAUGCUGGGCAAAGUCCUGCAGCCCAGGCGCAAUCGGCCUUCUUCAACUGCCUGCUGGACAUUUCGGCGGUAAAUCACAUCGGAAAUAAUCACGGAGCCGGAAGUAGGGCGAACAGCCUCGAACCGGUGGUGCGACCGGCCAAGGAAGUGAAGCACGACCGGCACAAAGAUCAAGAAGACGAGGAGGAUGGAGCCCUUGGCGUCCUCGCAGCCGCCGCGCACAGGCGUCAGCAUAGCAUCAGAAAUAAAAAGGUGAACUGGAAGAUGUCUCGCCAAUACGAUAUACUAGGCAGCAGCGGAGAGAGUAGCCAGGGAGGGGGUGGGUCUGGGGUUGUACUCGUAGUUAAUGGCGAGGAUCGCGCCCCCGAGCUAGAGCCAUUGCUGGCCGAGGUGUCCUCCCAGCGGGAUGAUCAAAACAACUACUACCAUCACCAUCACGACCAAUACUACUACGAUACCGACAAUGAUCAAUACUAUGACCACCACCAAUACUACCACCACCACCAUCACCAUCAUGAUCAUCACGACCACCGACCACCCUCGUACUACCAACACCAGAACACCUACGUACCUCGUUCCUCGAUCCGUUACCACAAGGAGCUGCAGGACGUAGUACCGUCCGACUCACGUGCCGGUAGCCUUGAGAGUCUCACGCAUCCUGGCGACAGGAUUCUUCGUCCUCAUCAUCCCUCAGCGCCUCCCCCUAGACGUUCCCGAUCGCCAAGCAUAAGAAGACACUCGCCAAUAAUGCCUAGAUCGCCAUCGCCAAGGCGACACAGCCGAUACGACCAUCAUGGUCAUUACCACGAAGGACCAGGGUUUAGCGACACCGUUAGCAACGUUGUCGAGAUACAAAGGCACACUCAUCAUCCCCACGCGUCACAAUAUAAUCAUCGGCAUAGGAUACGAGACUAUUACGACCACUGCGAAUAUUACGACGAUGGUCCGUGGAGCGCCUCGACGAGUCCGGCAAGAUCGCCGAGUCCGGUUCACCGGAUCGAGCGAGGCGGUCAUUACGGGACGACCAGUCUGGAGCAACGUUCGAGAAGCCCAAGCCCGAUCGGCGGUCGUUCGCAUCACCAUCAUCAUCGCCAUCAUCCGCAUCAACACAGCUACCCGGUGCUGGUCGCGAGAAGGGGCCAGGGUCGCCGGCUGCCGCCGACGCCGAACAAGCCGUCGACCCUGCAGCUGAAGCCGGCCAACAUCAACUUUCCCAAACUGAACGCCUCGCCGACCCACGGCCUGCACGGCCCGAUGCAGGCACCGGCCCACGCGCCCGUGGGCACCGUGCCGGGUCACGUGCUGCAGCAUCCGCAUCCGCCGUCGCACAUGCCGCCCGCCAGCAUGCAGUCGAGUCAUCCGUUGAGCUUCGAGCAGGCUGUCGCCAUGGGUCGUGGUGGUCGUCUACUACCCAGCCCGGUUCCCAAUGGCUACAAGCCACAGCCACAAUCUAAACAAAGAACGCCUAGAUCGAGGCACUCGGACAGUGACGAGGACGAUUGGUGCUAGCCAAAGUGGGACCCUGGACGGUGGUCCGGUGAUGUGGACGCCCCCAGGCGUCUUAGGGUUUGCGCAUGAUAGUCGUCCACAUGGGACGCGUUGAAUUUCAGUGUGAAGAGCAGCAGCAGCCAAGAAAGAACCGCGAUCAACGAGCUCGAGACCGCAAGACUCCAAGGGAACGCCAAGUUCUCUGGAAGGAGCAAUUUUCCGGUUUCGCAGCAUCGCGGCGUAUAUUGGCGACCGAAAGGGGUCUAGUGAUGAAUUGAACGGAGAAGAUGAUUCGUGGCGCGGACCGAUAUUCGGACCGAUCCCGAAGGCGACCGAACAGGGUCAGCAAACACACACACACACACGCAAGGAAUAAUAAUAAUAAUAAUAAUGAUCGAUUUUUCGCAAAUGUAAGAUGAGAAAUCGACAUCUCACUUCGCACGACGACGUCGCACGAGUCCGCGGACGGGGAGGAGUGCGAUGCGUGCGAAUUCCCACGAUCGAAAUCAAAUCUCAGGCUGAGCCUUCGACAUCAAGGACGAUCGGCUAAGCUAAGAUCGAUCUCUCGAGCGACGAUUGUAGCUACGUCGAGAGACACAGCUGGUGGUGGGUUGCAGUGAAAAACUCAUCGUGCGCGACAGUGGUAGCAAAAAUUGAGCGGACGUUCCCGAGAGUUAUCGAACCCUCCGAUCACUACGCGAGUUAAUAUUUCAAUCUUCCCUCGUCCCGAUCGAGCGAAGAUCGUCCGGGGAAGACUCACUUUUUAUACGAUUUUCCGAAGGAGGGACUCAUCGAACGCCCGGAUGCGCUGUGAUCACCACGUGAAACGUUCUCUUAUAUGAGUGUGUUUACGUAUGUAUGUGUACGCGUAUGAUUUUUUGUGCGUGUGUGCGUAUGUAUGUAUAUGUGCGUAUGAAACCUCCUUCCCUUACAAUACGACGUUGAAAAUCGCGACUGAUGUAUCAAGUCGGUUCGUUUCAGUGAAAACACGGGGAAAAUAGCGACGUUAAUCUUUCAACGACGACGUUAAUUAUUAAAAUCGAGGGGGAUGAUUUUGAAGCGACGAUGCGGGCCAGAAUAAUCUUGCAGUAGAAUCGUCACUUUCAGUUUUACAUAAAUUCGAGGCUGAUUAGAUAGACGGUUUGAAUCUAUUAAAACUUAAAAAUCUGUCUUGUACUUUCGCUGCGAACAAAAAUAUCAUCGAAGCGGAUAUGUUUCCCGACGAAUCGAGCGAGAAGAGAAAUUAGAGGAUUAAAAAUUAAAUCAAAGAUCGCAAAGGAGAAAAGUUGAAAUUAUUCCAUUCGUAUGUACUCACAUUGGCUUUAUUUCUGCCGCUAGAAAAAUCGCGCGAGCGCUGUUCUAAUCAAAAUCAGACAUCGAUUCGCCGAGAGACGCGCAAGAACCGCAGCUACGAGAUGUCAAGCACGACACGACGAUAUUUCGCAGUCGCGGUUCUCGUGAAAUCGAGGAGACGAUCGAUGAAAAAAAAAUGCGAACGUCGUCGUUGAUUCGUGCGGAUGUUGCCUCGCGAUUCGUGCCAAUCAAGAGAGAUUAGGGAAAAAUUGGAGCAAAGAGGACCACGAUAUCGAGGACGCGCAUUUCACUCGGAAAUACAGGGGGCUAAGAAAAAUGAAUGAUCGUCGCGAAAUGUCAUCGGAGGGGAGAAGUGAAAGAUGCGUGUGAAAGCGAGAGAGAGAGUGAGUGAGAGAGAAACCACAUGGUUUUCAAAAGCACAUGGUUCUUACCAUAUGGUUUUCAAAAGCACUUGUAAAUUACUGCAUAUAUAAAUUGAAAUUACAAUACUUAUUACUAUCACUGCUAAUACCGUUACUAAGUUAACACCUACAGCGAAAGGGAAGGAAAAAAAAGAAACAGCUCCACUCUCCACUAACUAUUACUAUUACUACUAACUACUAACUCUACUGCUAUUACCAUUACUACUGUAUUACCAUUUACUACCGCUCUCUACUACCACUACUACUACUGUCUUACUACUACUAUUGCUGCUGCUACUAUCAUUACUAACUAUAUUACUAACUAUUACUACUUACCAUAACUAAACUAUUCUACUACCGUCGCUAAAUAAACGCUGUUUACUAUCAUUAUUGUAAUACUGUAAGUGUGCUAAUUAUCGAAGCGCGCGCGACUCGUAAGAAAAAGGACGAAGAAACAUUAGUUUAAUUAAUUUAUUCUCAAACUUGAGAGAGAGAGAGAGAGAGACUUCGAUUUGAAUGCGCAAAUUUAAACGACGGAACAAAGAAAUAAAAAAAUCGAGAGAAUUAUCCGUAAACGAAAGUUUGCUAAAACGAGCGCACGUAUCCGAACCGAGAUUACAUAAUAAAGAGAAGAAAAAAAACCUCUAUAUAUACAUUAUACAUAUAUAUAAAAAAAGACACGUGUUUAACAUACUGCCAAUCGUACGGGGUGUUUUAAGCGGAGAAACACAUACGAGAGAAUAUAUAAGUGUACAUAAACGUACGUUCUUUUUUCCUGCGACACAUAUAAAUAUAUAUUACGAUAUAUCUGUACGGUAGAUAAGUGUACAUACCCGUUGAGCGAAAGAGAGGGUGAGAAAGCGAGAGAACGAAGAAAUGAACGAAUGAAUGAAUGAACGAACGAAUGAAUGAAUGGAUACAAGUAAUUGAAUCGAUAAAUGUGAGAAGCGAAACAACUCGGUCGAUGAGACAAUUCAAUGAAAUCAUCAUCGAACAACGAUUUAUUUCGCGAGGUAUAUAUUUUAUUCUCAUCAAUCUACAUUUAUUACGUCUAUCUGUCUAUUUAUUUAUUUAUUUUCGUUUACAGGUUGUUAAUAUGUUGCGUGAUGAUAUUUUAGAAUAUGAAAUAAUGUGAGCCGAUUUACUUCGUUUCUCAAAUCGACGAUUUGAUUGAUUUCCAAACGCUAUUCUGUGCUUGUUUGCGUAAUUAUCGUGUAUUAGUUAAGUCAAAAUAAACGAGAAUAUAUUGCCACUA